GAAGACAAUAGGAACUUUAACGUCUAGGUUCACAGUUAUUCGACUACAAACCUUCACCAUCAACUGGCGGAACUCGAAUAUAACUCUGAGGUGAUGGCGUGACAGAAACAGGAAUCACCAUCUGCAGCGCUUUCUGUUUACUGAUAUUUGGAAUGACUUUCCAUUCUGCUUUUUACCCAACCUCGGCCACACACCUGUUUCUUAUUUAGAGUGAAACGCAACCUCAGCGGUUUCUUUUCGUAGCUUGUGUCUCCUUCCACAUUAACAGAUGCCCUAUCACGGCUUUUAGCAAGAAGGAAAAAUGCUUCUUACAUUAAAUUGUAGUGUAAUAUAUAUGAGAUCAGGGCGACAAUAAACCUUAUAAAUGACAAACUAUUAUGCUUUGGAGUACAUUCAUACACCAGCUGCAACAUGAAGUUAAGCAGAAAUGGGGAAAACAGAAAAAAGAUUCAGAUAUUUCCACUUCCUCUUGGAGUGGUACAAAGCAACCUCUCUGCACACUCCUGUUCACACACUCACACACAGAGAGACAGUGACAAGUUGAUAUCUGCUUCUUUCUGCUGAGAUUAAAGACGGUGGAAAGACCAACGUGCUGAUUGGGAGACUUUGAUUCCAGACAAAGGAUGCUUUGUGAAGGCAGAUUGUUUCGCAUGACCUUCGGUGAAUCGGAGGAGCCGGACUUCCUCCCUCCUCUGAAGGCUCUUCAGAGUGCUUAUGGGCAGCCGAGAGCAGCUGCCACCCGCAUGUCAGGCUCCGCUGCACACGCCCCCCCCAUUCAUCGUACUUCCCCCGAGCCGAUAGGUAGCAUGGAAGACAGGAGGACUUCAGUGGAGAUGAACACCACCCCGCCACUGUCCUCUUCUCUCCUCUCGGCCCCUCUGCGCAGACAGAUCUCUGCAGAGAUAGAGAUCCCAGCUCUGGAUCGCUCGGGUAGCGAUGCCCCUUUCCUGGUCCCCUCCUUCUGUCAGAGCAUCUGCCAGAACUACAGUGACCUUCACAUCGGAGGUGACCAGGUGCUGCCUCUAUCAGCGCAAGAGCCGAGGCUCUGCACUGACGCUCAGCCUCCUGGCCCCUUCCUCCAGUCCUGUGAUGUCCCCCCAGCUGUGGAGGAUUCUCUCCCAGGACAGACAUCCCAGGGUGGGCUUCUGUGUCCAAUGAGGGGUGGAUGGAGACAGGGUAGUGGCCGUGACCUGAGCAUUAUGUUCCGAAGCCGAGAUGGGCCAUUCUCCAACUCCCUUCUAAAUCGGUACCUGGAGCAGAAACUAUUGGAUCUGUACCAGCAAUACACAAUGGAGAACAUGGCGAGAGAUGAAUCUGACCAAGGCCCCGUUUGCCCUCUGAUGGCGUCAGAGUUGGUUCUGACCAGCCUGGACCAGAUCACCAUGAAGCUGAGUCGCGAGGGGAACGUGGAAGCCACCCUGGCCAAGGACAUGGUCCUGAGCUGCCUGCUGCGGGUGGCCGGGGACAUGCAGUCGAGUGAGAUCAGUACACCCGUCCUGCAGAUUUCCAACGAGGAGUCCAGGGAGCAGCUCACGGAGAAUAAGGAGGAGUAACCGCAGUGUGAAGAACCCAAUUCUCCCUUUCAGUUUAGACACCAACACCAAACAUAAGGAUGAAACUGAUGAUAUGAUCUUUUUGCUGACGUUUUGCUGUAGUUAUGUAUCAUAAUUAUUUACAUCUGUCAUCUAAUGUGUGCGUGUUUUCAUUUUUACAAUAAAGACAGGAAGUGAAAAUAGAAA